GCACUGGAUUACAACCAGUUUGUGGAGUGGAGACGGACACGACAGUCAGCUUUAAUUCAACACAAAGUUCACCUCAAACUUUCACUGCAACUUCCACCUCGUCUGCACAGGAGCCACUGCUGACGAGCCCGGAAUUGGGAGGAGAGGGAGGAAUCUGACGAGGAGAUCCUGCAUCAGGACCGGAUCAGGACCGGAUCGAGCCCGGACAGCACUGGUGACAGCAUGGGUGAAGAGGGGCCUCCCAGUCUGGAGUACAUCAAGGCCAAGGACCUGUUCCCCCAGAAGGAGCUGGUGAAGGAGGAUGACAGCCUUCAGGUGCCAUUCUCAGUUCUCCAGGGGGAGGGGGUGGAGUAUCUGGGCCGUGCAGAUGAGGCCGUCAUAGCCAUGUCCAACUACCGACUCCACCUUAAGUUCAAGGACUCUGUCAUGAAUACCUACCCAGGUGUGGACAAUCACAUAUCUGUUCCUUUGAGGCUGAUCGAGAACGUGGAGAGCAGAGACAUGUUCCAACUGCACAUCAUCUGUAAAGACUCCAAGGUCGUCAGGUGCCACUUUGCCACCUUUAAGCAGUGCCAGGAGUGGGUGAAGCGUCUGAACCGGGCCUCCGCCCACCCGUCCCGCCUGGAGGACCUGUUCGCUCUGGCCUACCACGCCUGGUGUCUGGGAGGCAGCGCCGACGACGAGGACCAGCACGUCCACCUCUGCCGUCCAGGUGACCACGUACGUCAGCGGAUGGAGAUGGAGGUGAAGAGGAUGAACUUCGACACGCAGAACAUCUGGAGAGUGUCCGACAUCAACUGCAAUUAUAAGCUGUGCUCCAGUUACCCCCAGAAGCUCCUGGUCCCCAUAUGGAUCACAGAUAAGGAGCUGGAGAGUGUGGCGUCCUUCAGGUCCUGGAAGAGGAUCCCAGUGGUGGUCUACAGACACCAGAGGAAUGGCGCCGUCAUCGCCCGCUGCAGUCAGCCUGAGAUCAGCUGGUGGGGCUGGAGGAACACGGACGACGAGUACCUGGUCACGUCCAUCGCCAAGGCCUGUCAGAUGGACGCCGGGUCCAAAGGGACCUGUGGAGCGCCGGGCUGUCGGGGGCGGGGGGAGGGGCCUGACUCCUCCGAUGGAGACUUUGACUCGUCUCUAACCGGUGGAUCCAACUGUGAGGACAACGUCGUCCCUCAGAAGCUGCUGAUUCUGGACGCUCGUUCGUACACGGCUGCGGUGGCAAAUAGAGCCAAAGGCGGAGGCUGCGAAUGUGAAGAGUACUACCCUAACUGUGAGGUGAUGUUCAUGGGCAUGGCCAACAUUCACGCCAUCAGGAACAGCUUCCAGGCUCUACGCACCGUCUGCAGUCAGAUCCCAGACCCAGGAAAUUGGCUGUCUGCAUUGGAAAGCACCCGUUGGCUGCAGCACCUGUCCGUCAUGCUGAAGGCGGCGGCUCUGGUGUGUUCGGCCGUGGAGCGUGAAGGCCGACCCGUCCUGGUCCACUGUUCAGACGGAUGGGACCGCACACCGCAGAUCGUAGCGCUCGCCAAGAUCCUGUUGGACCCGUACUACAGGACGCUAGAGGGGUUCCAGGUGCUGGUGGAGACUGAGUGGUUGGACUUUGGACAUAAGUUCGGGGACCGCUGUGGACACCAGGAGAACUCAGAUGACGUCAGUGAACAGUGUCCUGUCUUCCUGCAGUGGUUGGACUGUGUCCAUCAGCUGAUCAAACAGUUCCCCUGUCUGUUUGAGUUCAACGAGGCCUUUCUGGUGAAGUUGGUUCAACACACGUACUCAUGUCUUUACGGGACGUUUCUGUGUAACAACGGUCGUGAGAGAGAAGCUAAAAACAUCUACAAACGGACCUGCUCUGUGUGGUCGCUGCUCCGGACAGGAAAUAAGAACUUCCAGAACUUCCUCUACAUCCCCAGUCAUGACAUGGUGCUGCAGCCCGUCUGCCACACCCGGGCAUUACAGCUGUGGACCGCUGUCUACCUACCCACCUCCUCGCCAUGCACGGCCGUGGAUGACGCCAUGGAGCUGUACCUCCCCCUGAAUGGCGGCGGAGAUGAGCUCACCUCCCGCUCCUUGGACAGACUCCCGAAGACGCGCUCCGUGGACGACCUGAUGUCGUUGUUUGAGAAUGGGGCGCCACUGACCCGCACCUCCAGCGACCCCAACCUCAACAAGCACUGCUCUGCACUGGAGCCCGCCCCUGCUGUGGGAGGAGCCUCAGCAGACGCCAACACACCUGAGACCGCCCCCGUGGAUGGCGAGGAGGAGGAGGAGGAGGAGGAGGGUCCUCCAAGUCCAGAGGACGUCAAAGGGUCACCAGAGGAGGAGCCAUGUCUGACCACGCAGCCACUGCCGUCCCCGCCCCUCCCUCCCGCCCCCCUCAGUACAGACACCGCCCUCCCUCACAGCCCCCUCCCCACCCCCGUCCUCCACCAGGCGUGGCCUCAGACCACCGACGCUCCGUGCCCACCCCCGCCACCGCAGGACCACAGCCCCUGUAGGACAGAAACCACGUCACCCGCCAACCAAUCAGAGCCCUGCUUACCUCUGCCCUGCAACGGCACGCAACUGCCCGCCAGCACGCCGCCGUGGCUGCUGAACGGCCACGCCCACAGCCCCGCCCAUGGCCUCUCUGAGUCCACGGGCCUGCUGAUCCUGAAGCAGCUCAGCCCCCCCCUCCCCAUGGAAGACUCCACAGAGACUCUGACGGGGGAAACGGACCCGCCCACCGUCGCUGCCCCACCUCCAGACAGUGAAGACCCCGCCCACAAUCAGAACGGCGAAGAGUCAGAGACACAGACUGAGAAGGAGGAGUUGAGGACAGACUCGGUGAAAGCAAAGGAGCGCGUGUCAGCGGCAGCAGACUCUGCCCAGUCCCAGGUUGGAAGUCGUCAUGUGACCUCCCAGAGUCAGCUGACCGACCUGUCCUUUCUGGGGACGCACUGGGACAGCGUCCAGGGUCUGGUCCAGUCCGCCUGCAGCGGCGCCGCCCACGCCAGCAUCAGGGCAGGGUCGUACCAGAGUCGGCGGCUGGUCAAUAAACUGCUCCGCUCCCAAGGCGUGGCGCUCGCCAACGGCGCCCAGUGCUGCCGCCGUGAGGCUCUGUGCUGCCCCAGCAGCCCCAUGCUGCCCGCUGCCAGGGGAUACCCCGCCCUCUGUGGCCCCACCCUCAGCCUCAACAGCUACUCCCUGGCUGGACACCAGCUCCUGCCCGUGUCCUACUCCUCCCCUUCCGCCUCCAGCUCCCCGCCCCCACCCCAUGCUCCCGCCUACCUGGACGACGACGGCCUCCCCGUGCCCAUGGACGCCGUUCAGCAGAGGCUGCGGCAGAUCGAGGCGGGAUACAAACAGGAAGUGGAGGUUCUGAGGCAGCAGGUCCGUCAGCUGCAGAUGAGGCUGGAGAGUAAACAGUACGGCACCCCCCCCUCAGAACCUGACGUGGACUACGAGGAUGACAUCACAUGUCUCCGUGAAUCCGACAACAGUAAUGAGGAGGAUUCUCUGUCAACGCACAGCGAGGACCGUCUGUCCGAGGGCAGCUGGGACCGAGUGGAGCGCAAGGACACAGAGGUCGGCCCCACCCACAGCCCCGCCCACCGCCUCUUGCCCGCGUCCUUCACCUGUCCCACCUCUGACCGUGUCCAUCUGUCUGUCCGUCUGCAGGUGACCCGCUGGGUUCCGGACCACAUGGCCUCGCACUGUUUCAACUGUGACUGUGAGUUCUGGAUCGCCAAGAGACGCCACCACUGCAGGAACUGUGGGAACGUGUUCUGUAAAGACUGCUGCCACUUGAAGCUGCCCAUCCCGGACCAGCAGCUCUACGACCCGGUUCUGGUCUGUAACACCUGCCACGACCUGCUCUUGGAGUCCCGGACCCGCGAGAUCCGCAGCCAGCAGCUGAAGAAGGCCAUCGCCACAGCGUCCAGCUGA